AUGAUUCAAUUUUGGAAUUAUAACUAUGAGGAACAUUAUGUUCGAACCCAAGAUCAAUAUCUUUUAUGUCUUCACCGUAUUAAAGAGCCUAAACAUGCACACCAUUUUGAUACAACCAUCUUGGAAAAGGGGGCAACCAUUAUUGAUCGCUUGAACAAGUUUAACAAGACGAAAAGAUAUCGAAAAGGGAAACCUGUUGUUUUGCUGUAUCAUGGAUUAACAUUAACUUCAGAGGUUUGGAUUUCAAAUAUUAAAGAACAACGUAAUUUAGCUUUAUAUCUUGUUGAGCAUGGUUAUGAUGUAUGGAUGGGGAACGCUCGUGGAAAUAAGUAUAGUCAAUCUCAUUUAACAAGAAAUCCAAAAAAUGAUGAUUUCUGGGAAUUUUCUAUAAAUGAAUUUGCUAUGUUUGAUAUGCCGGAUACAAUCAAUUAUAUUUUAAAACAAACAGGUGCACCUAGUUUAACUUAUAUUGGAUUCUCUCAAGGAACAGCUCAAGCAUUUGCAGCUCUUUCUAUUGAUCCAGAUUUAAAUGAGAAAGUAAACUUAUUUAUUGCACUUGCACCAGCUGCUUCACCUAAAGGAUUUUCUCAUCCUCUUAUAGAUGGUUUUGUAAAAGCAGCUCCUUCUAUUAUUUAUAGUUUAUUAGGUCGUAAGAUAUUUUUAAAAUCUGUCGUGUUUUGGCAACGCGUCAUUAGCCCUCCUCUCUUUGUAAAAUUAAUUGAUGGAGCUGUCUGUUUCUUAUUUGGCUGGCAUUGUAAAAAUAUGACAGAGGAUCAAAAAUUAGUGAGUUAUCAGCAUUUAUUCAGUAUGACGAGUGUAAAGUCGAUUGUGCAUUGGUUUCAAAUUAUUAGUUCUGGUAGAUUUCAAAUGUAUGAUGAAACACCUAGUAUUUUACCUUAUAGUACAAUCAAUUCUGUUAUUGAUCAUUUACCUGCAAAGUUUCCUACAAAACAAAUCAAGACACCUAUCGCUAUCUUUUAUGGAUCGGGUGAUACUCUAGUUGAUAUCGAUAUACUUCAAACUGAUUUACCUCCAUUAGCUUAUGUUAAAAAUAUUCAUGGAUGGGAGCAUAUGGAUUUCUUGUGGGCUACUCAUCUUGAAAAACAAGUAUUCCCGGAUAUCAUUAAACUACUUGAUUAUUUUAAUAGUGGUAGUAAACAUGAAGAAGUCACGGCUACUAUUCAAGGAGAGAAAGGAAGGAAAAAAGCUGGAAAAUAA